AUGAACGAAGCUGUAUUCGGCAUUAUUUUGGGUGGCUCGAAGCACGAUGUCGUAGUGUCACCGUCGCUCACUAAGGCCAUCUUGGCCUCCCGAAGCACGUCUUCUACUGCAUUGAUCAAUUACGCAUUGGAAAAGGUCGGGGGUGAUCAGGGCGCGAUUCGUAACCUCAGCGCCACUGACCACCAUAUCAUCCAUCAUAAUAUCCCCAAUCUCUUAAUGCGAGAACCAUUUCUCACAGAGGCUUCCAAGGUCGCCAAGGACAUCACUGAACGCGAAACUCCUAAUCUAGUAACGUUCUGUCGUAGUAUGGUUGACCAGGCGCCGUGGGAGCGGAGGAGCGAAGCUGAAGUCAUCGAUGAGCAGGAGAAGCCUAUGGCUGAAGUGAAUCUUUUUGCUCUGGUGAGAAACUUCGUGGGGCACAUCAGCACAUCCGUAUCCAUGGGACAAGCUUUCCUUGAAGCCUUUCCUGAUCUACUUGAUGAUAUGUGGACCUUUGAUAACAGAUUCCCCGCGCUGUCGCUUGGUGCUCCUCGCUGGUUACCAUUGCCAGGCCUUUCGGCCGCAUAUGCAGCGCGUGAUCGCAUCUUGGAUGCUCUUGCAGCCUACCACCAGGCAUUCGUCUCUUGGGAUGAAGGAAAUGACCCUGGUGUCAAGUUUCGCGAUCUUGACGAUGUAUCAGAGCCGAUGAAGCAACGGAUCCGGAAGUUCAAAGAACUGGGACUAUCGCCAAGGUCCAGCGCCCCUGGUCAUUUGUCUCUUUUUUGGGCCCUGAACGCCAACUCACCCAACGCUGUUUUCUGGAACAUUCUCCGCAUCUACUCUGACCCUGCUCUUCUGGAGGAAAUCCGAAAGGAGAUUGCUCCUUUUGCAAAGGUCCAUAGACCCAGUCGCGAGGAGACCGGGCUCCCAUUUCAAGAACCCGCCAAGGUCUCCCUUGAUCCGGAUGAGUUGUUUCGAUCUUGCCCACUACUCAAAGCUAGCUUCUAUGAGACCAUGCGGUUAGAUUCAGCAGGACUUUCCUUUCGUGAAGUCACCUCUGACUUGACUGUUACUGAGUCCCCUGAGGAUGCUGCAGCUGCCAGCUUGGCCGAACCACGCACUUACCGAAUCAAAAAAGGAGGGAACAUAAUCAUGGCUCACGGGGUGGUCCAGAGAGACCCUCAACUCUUCUCUAACCCGGAGCAGUUCGAUCCGCUACGGUUUGUUGUCACAGAUCCAGACACAGGCGCACAAAAGGCGGACAUGCACACCAUUUAUCCAUUCGGGGGCGGCGUUUCUGGUUGCAAGGGCCGCGCUCUCGCUGAAAGGAUGAUUCUACUCUUCUCUGCUGCAAUCAUUUCAACGUGGGACAUCGAACCGGCAAGUGGCAAAGCUUUCAUAAUUCCAGGACAUAGGCCUUCCAGUGGAGCGUAUUUGCCUAAGAAUGACAUUCGAGUACGCUUGAGAAUGCGCGUAUAA